GGCACCAAGACUGUGAGGCACAACCUGGAGCCUUUGUUCGAGCAGUACAUCAACAACCUCAGAAGGCAGCUGGACUCCAUCACUGGGGAGCGAGGCCGCCUGGACUCUGAGCUGAGAGGCAUGCAGGACAUGGUGGAGGACUACAAGAGAAAAUAUGAAGAUGAAAUCAACAAACGCACAGCAGCAGAGAAUGAAUUUGUGACCCUGAAGAAGGACGUGGAUGCUGCCUACAUGAAUAAGGUGGAGCUGCAAGCCAGGGCAGACAGUCUCAGGGAUGAGAUCAACUUCCUGAGAGCCUUCUAUGAUGCUGAGCUGUCUCAGAUGCAAACCCACAUCUCAGACACUUCUGUGGUCCUGUCCAUGGACAACAACCGUAGCCUGGACCUGGACAGCAUCAUUGCAGAGGUGAAAGCCCAAUAUGAAGAGAUUGCUCAGAGGAGCCGUGCUGAGGCUGAGUCCUGGUACCAGACCAAGUACGAGGAGCUGCAGAUCACAGCAGGCAGACAUGGGGAUGACCUGCGCAACACCAAGCAGGAGAUUGCUGAGAUCAACCGCAUGAUCCAGAGGCUGAGGUCUGAGAUCGACCACGUCAAGAAGCAGUGUGCCAACCUGCAGGCUGCCAUUGCUGAUGCUGAGCAGCGAGGUGAGCUGGCCCUCAAGGAUGCCAGGAGCAAGCUGGAAGGUCUGGAGGAUGCCUUGCAGAAGGCCAAGCAGGACAUGGCCAGGCUGCUGAAGGAGUACCAAGAGCUCAUGAAUGUCAAGCUGGCCUUGGACGUGGAGAUUGCCACCUACAGGAAGCUGCUGGAAGGCGAGGAGUGCAGGUUGAGCGGUGAAGGCGUGGGACCAGUCAACAUCUCCGUGAUGCAGUCCACCAUCUCCAGUGGCUAUGGCAGUGCCGGUGGUGCCAGCAGUGGCUUAGGCCUAGGCGGAAGUGGCAGCUACUCCUACAGCAGUGGUCACAACCUUGGAGGUGGCUUCAGUUCCAGCAGUGGCAGAGGCAUUGGGAGCAGCCUGAGCACCUCUGGGGGCAGCACCUCUACCAUCAAAUACACUACCACCUCCUCCAGCAGGAAGAGCUACCGGCACUAA